AUGUCCACUCCCCCCGCCAAGCGCCAAAAAUGCGAACCCUCCCAGCGCGGAGGUCAAAAGCGCCAGGGCCGCGACCAGUAUCGCAACGCCUCGGCGGAGGACGCAGCGGCCGCCACCAAACUGCCUCAGAAGAAGUUCUUUCGGCAGCGGGCGCACGCGAACCCGUUUUCUGAUCAUCAGUUGAAGUAUCCGCUGAGUCCUGCGCAUAUGGACUGGUCGACGCAUUUCCCUGCUUUCGUGAAUCCGGAUCCCGCGCAGACGAAUCUCAGCGGAGCGCGCAAACUCGUGAAGGAUGUCGAGGUGGUGGAUAUUGGUUGUGGAUUCGGUGGGUUACUGGUUGGUCUGGCGCCAGUGUUGCCGGAUACGUUGAUGGUUGGCAUGGAAAUUCGCACGCAGGUCCUUGAAUACGUCACCAACCGCGUGAGCGCUCUGCGCUCGCAACAACUGCAAUUACAACAGAAAUUGGCCUCGAACAAUGCGACGCCCACGCCCACACCCACGGCAGACCCAUCCACCGCUACGCCUACAGAUCCCACCACCUCCGAUGCCCCGACGGACCCCUCUACGCCGACAGUUACGACUGAAUCCGACCGCGCGGGACCCGUGGCCGGCGGGUUCCAGAACAUCUCCGCGCUGCGCAGCAACACGAUGAAAUUCUUCCCCAACUUCUUCGGCCGCCACCAGCUCUCCAAGAUCUUCAUCUGUUUCCCCGACCCACACUUCAAAGCCCGCAAGCACAAGGCGCGCAUUAUAUCCGAGACGCUGAAUGCCGAGUAUGCGUAUGCGUUGCGGCCCGGUGGACUGCUGUACACGAUUACCGAUGUGGAGGAGUAUCAUCACUGGGUGUUGAGGCAUUUCCGGGACGUGGAGGUUGUGGAUGAGGACGAGCAGGAGGGGGGAGUGAAGGAGUUGUUUGAGCGGGUCUCGGAGGAGGAAUUGCAACACGAUCCCUGUGUCAGGGUCAUGAAGGAGGAGACGGAGGAGAGCAAGAAAGUCACCCGGCAUAAGGGCAAUAAGUAUGUUGCUGUGUUCAGGAGGAAGGAGGACCCCGAGUGGCCGGCUUAA